GGAUGUUGCCAGCAACAACAAACAAUUAAAGCGAACAGCUUUCGUCGAGCGAUCAAAAGCACUGGAAUGGUAUCGAAUGUUUUCCUAGCUAUCGACUUGACCUAUCGAUAGCGCGCUGAAUGCAACUUGCAAAAUCUAAAGGACUCGCGAUCGGCGCCAGAAAAAUGGAGAAUUUUCCAAUUGCAAACAGUUUUUUGAAGAAAUCAUACCUUCAAAAUGAUGAAAUUAAGGCCCUUCUGACGGAGUUUGAGGAGGCGCUCGAUGGGAAUCGUAAAGUGCGUCAGGAAUUAUCAGCUAUUCGCGUCGAGUUAGAGAGACUGCAGUUCGAGUCAUCUUUAUUUAAUCAAGUGAUACAUGUUUCGGCGGAUGAGAAAAACACGGCGACGAUGAUGUACGAAUCUGUAACGGCUUGCUAUGGCAAGAUUGUCCAAAUUGAGAAACUGUUUCACCAGGUGGGAAUGAAGAAUAUCCUUCAUUAUGCAGUCAUUACCAAGGAGGAACAAACACGUCGCGAGAUUAAUGCUAUAAAAGAGGCGUUUGCUAAGGAGUCGAAGCAGCUAGACGCUCUCGAAAGCCGCAGCGCGGUGAAGAAGUUCCGGCAGCUGCAGAUCACCCUGAAGAGCAGCCAAAAUAACCUGGCCGUGCUGCAACAGGAAGUGGAUAACAUGGAGCGUCAAAUGCGGAACAAAAUGAAAAAGGCCACGGAUUACCGGAACCAGAAGAUAGUUCACAUAUUGCAAACCAGAAAGUUGAUCAUUCAAUUGGAGUCAAAGUCUCCAGGUCUUGCAGGUAGCCAACCACGCCUAGAUUUGAAUCGCAUAAAGCGUCCCUCGACAACACCGAUCGGUUCGCCCGCCAUUUCAAUCCUUCAGCCGGCCUUGGACUUCUUAAGCAAAUUUAUGCAUACGAGCGACGACGAUACAAAUUCCGAUCCAGAGAAUGAUGCGGAUCGACGCAUUAGCGCCCCAUCCCCAUCCAAACAUGUCCGAUUUGUGCCUUCGCCCGACUUGGAAAGCAUUCACAUUGUAGACAGACUUUCUUCAAUGUCGACUGAUGACGAUUCAGUGGAAAGAGCAGAUCCCAAGCCGGACUCGGGGAACGGAUCGAAGAAGUUAAGGCAGAUGACUGAAGACGUCCAGAACAGUAUGGAGUUCAAAGAUUGUGAGGAAUUGGAAUUAGAAUCAGAGGACGAUGCAGAGGAAGCCCAAGGAGAUGAGGAUUUAGAAAUGGAUUCCGAUGAACAGGAAUCAUCCAGUGACGAUAAAUCGGAUGCAGAAGUCGACUUUAAAGCAGAUGAAGCCCAAGGAGAUGAAGAUUUAAAAAUGGAUUCCGAUGAACAGGAAUCAUCCAGUGACGAUAAAUCGGAUGCAGAAGGAACAAAGAAGAAUGGAUCAACCCAACCAAAGAUGGUGCUACAAUGGGAAGAAUCAGAGAAGGAGGAUGAAUCAGACGGCUCCUGGGACGAAAAAGACAAGGAAUCGCAAUCGGUCAACAAUAGCAAGGUUGAAGCAACACCAUCGGGAGCCACAGCAAAGUUCACUUUUACCCCAGAGGACAGUGCCUCAAAAUAUAGCAGAUUCAAGCUGACAGCGAGCCAAAAGAUCAGCCACGAUGCCAUGGAUGUCGAUUGUCAAGAGGCAUCGGAUGAGAAUGAGAUAUUUGCGAUUCCAAUGGCACAGCCCAAGCCCACCCAGUCUAAGCGUCAAGACUCGGAAUCGCCGCGGUCCAGCGAUCGGGCCGAUUCCAUGCUUAAUUUCUCUGAACCAAACUGUGAGUUUAACGAUGAUUUCUGGCCGACCAAACAUACAAAUGCUGGCCAAUUCUACAAUCUAUAA